UUGAAAUUGUUGUCUCCAGCUAGUUUUAAAAGUUUUAGGUAGUGUAUGCCGCUUAUCUCAACUCUUGCGUUACUAUGUCAAAUGUAGAUUUGAAACCUAAGUAUGAACCAGGUGGGAUUUUCUUUUUCAAUAUGCAUAAGUUUGUCUACACAGGUGAAAAACUUCUUUGCUUCCAUGGACCUCUUAUGUAUGAAGCCAAGUGUCUGGAUGUCAAAGUGAAAGAAGAUGGAGUGAUGUAUUUUGUACAUUAUCAAGGUUGGAAUAAGAAUUGGGAUGAGUGGGUAACUGACAAGCGUAUGUUCAAGUAUAAUGAAGAGGGUUUAAAGAAACAGAAGGAGUUGGAACGGCAAAUAAGGUCUGGAAAAGUCAAAGUCUUAAGAAAAUCUGACUUGAAGUCACAGUCUUUACCACCUCCGGAAGUUUUAAAGGAUGUGGAGCGGACACUGAAGCCUGGUCAUUUAAAACAAGAAGAGGAGAGUCCUAAAGCAAAGCAGUCUAAAAGUAACGUUGAAGCAGAUCAAAAACCAAGCACACCUGUGACGACAGAAGUAAAGGAGAGUGAAGAUGUCAAGGCACCUUCAAAGCCUCCUGAAGAAUCUAACGGUGUGUCCAACAUUACUACUGUAUCAAGCAGAAGAAGAAAAAGUCGGGCGACAUCAGGAAUAAAAUCUAUCGAGAAUGAUGACAGUUUACUUUCAAAACCACAACUAAUGGUAUCUAUACCUCCAUCUUUAAAGGCGUGGCUCGUGGAUGACUGGGACUUGAUUACUCGUCAAGCUCGUCUUUACGAGCUUCCUGCUUCCCAACCAAUAUCCACUCUUUUGUCUGACUUCUUAGAAAGUGCUGAAAUCGAGGUGAAAUCUGAACCCACUUCUGAACCUCAAAAUUCUCAACAUAAUAUAAAUCCUGCAAUAAGACCUGAUUUAAGACGUGAAUUUCUCGCUGGGAUUCAGCAUUACUUUAAUUUGAUUAUCGGUUCUCAUCUUCUAUAUAAGUUUGAACGGUUACAAUAUGCUGAACUUUUAAAGCGUCACACAGAUAAAAGAAUGUCAGAUAUUUAUGGUUCAAUUCACUUAUUAAGGCUAUUUGUUAAGCUUCGGGACAUGGUUUCUUGUACCAAAGUCGAUGUAAAUAGUCUACCUGUUCUAGAAGCAUUGGUCAACGAAUUCUUGCAAUUUUUAAGACAGAAUGAAGGUCGUUACUUCCGUCUUGAAGAUUACACUGUAGCGACGGCAGAAUAUCAGCGGAGAGCAAUGUGCUGAAUACAUAUUAUUCUCAUCUACUCUUUGAAAAUAUGUAUAUCUUCACAACCUGUAUAAUAUUGUUAAUAUAUUAUAAAUCGUUUUAAUUUUUCGAAAUCGUUACUUGUUGACAGAUUCAUACCUGCAAUCUAUAAAUUGUUAUCCCAGUAAACAACUGUUUGAUAUUUUUGUCUAAUUUCAGUUAUUUUAGAAUAAAACUGAAUAACCUUAGUGAAAGUCUGAAACUUUAGGGUGCAAACAA